AUGAUCACCAACGAUUCAUUAUCAUCCUCCUCUUCUUCAUCCAAUUCAUCUGGACUAGAAAGUGAUGGCCAAGCAAGUAGUAAUUCCCCAAUAUCAGCAGUAACAGCAACAAACAACAAAAUAUUAAUUAAUGACAACAACAACAAAAAAGAAGAAAAUAAAAAUUUAACAAAAAUAAAAGAAAAACAAGAAAAUAAUAAAGAAUUUGAACAAUUUCAACAACCAAAAAAUUUAAUUAAAAAACAAUUAGUUAGAGAUGAUGCUUAUUGGGAGAGAAGACGUAAAAAUAAUUAUGCUGCUAAAAGAAGUAGAGAUACAAGAAGGCGUAAAGAAGACGAAGUAGCUGUGCGUGCAGUUAUUUUAGAACAAGAAAAUCUGCGUUUACGUUUCGAACUUGAAAGACUUAGAACAGAAAUUGAGCGUUAUAGAAUUGUUGCAUUUAGUCAAGGAAUAGCAAUACAACAACAAACAACAACAAAAAAUAAUCCUAAAAAAUCAGAAUUUUUUAUUUCUGGCCAACAAAAUGGACAAAUAGAUUCGAAUUAA